AUGUGUGGGGCGUGGGGUGUCUGUCUCCUUUCAGGGGUGGAUCUGCGGCGCCACUUUUACGCGUUGUACGUGCCGAACUCCGCGAGCGCGGGAGACCGUCCCUUCCCGCUGUUCAUUCGCGCGAGGGGACAGGUGGAGACACCUUCGCCCAGCAGCAUUUACUUGGCCACUUUGGCGGAGACUCCUUGCGGGGGCUCCGCGGUGGGAAAGCCCACGGAGGUUCGCGAGGCGUUCGGCAGACACGCCGCAGACCCCAAGUUCUUCGUGGCCGAGGAAGUGACGGUGAGCAGCGAGGUGGAGAAGGCGAGCAGCAGCAGCAGCUUGGAAGUGUGUUUGCUGCGAGGAGACAAAAUGGUGUCUCUAGGGUUUGCACAUGUGGGGCGGGCCCUGAGCUACCGGCUGGAAGUGUUUCAGGGGGGCCCCCAGGGGCCCCCCGGAGUCCCCGAGGGGACCUUCACAAUGAGCGUGGCGAAGUUCAGCGCGCUGGGGCUGCACUGGGGGGCCUCGAGCAGCAGCUGCUUCGAAAAGGAGACAGUUGGGAAGGUGUUUCUGGAAGGAGACUUUCCCAAGGCGCUGAGUUUCUGGGUCGGAGACAACGCAAUAAGGGCCUGGAGCUCCUCCCGCAGCCGCCCCGCCCCACAGCGCCUGGCCUUCUUCAGGGCCCCCGGCGCGAGGGCCCUGGCCGUGCAUGCAAACAGAGACAGAGUGGCGUUUUACGUUGUGGGGAGGAGACAGUUGGGGGGGGGACAGUUGGGCCUCGCGGGCUACGACCUGACGCAGCCGCAGCACCUGGACCAGCUGUCUCCUUUUGCUGCUGCCGAGGCCGCGCUGCAGGCCCCGCAGGCCCUGGCUCUGCUGCAGACGGAGACAGACUGCUUCCUGCUCGUCUCCGACAGCAAAAGGAGACAGUUGCUGCUCUUCAGCAGCAGCCUGCAGCUGCUCGAGGCCCGCGGGGCCUGGCCCGGGCUGGCCCGCCCCCUGGAGGCCCCCAUGGGCCUCUUCUGCGUGGAGACUCCCGAGAGAACUGUCUCCAGUCUCUUCGACUGCUACGUGGCUGACGAAACGGCCCACCGUUUGCUGCUGCUGCAGUACGAUGUCUCCACUGUCUCCUCCGUCUUUGUCUCCGAAGUCUCCUCCUCCGCCACCUCCAGCCAGAAGCUCGCCAGGCCCCAACACGUCGUCGCCUACCCCUACAAGGGGUACACUCUCCUCUACGUCGCAGAA